GUUUCUUGGAAUUUGUUUGGAAGUGUCUGCUUCUGUCUGAUGCUGGAGACAGGAUCCUGGACUGGGCAAAGUUCUGAUCUGGAUGCUCCCAAAGUUUCUCCUGUUGCAGCUGUCUUUGGAGACCGGAGCUGGAAGUAAAACCAUAUGAAGAGACCAAGAUCAAAACCCCAUUGAAGGCAGCUGAGUAAAAUCCCGUCUGGAGGAGUGUCAGACAAAGGGAGGAACAGCUGGAUCAACUACAGAAAAGAAAGUUAAAGGAAAAAAAUAAAAAAAAAGCCUUCAGCUUGUUUUUCGAGAGAGGCGAAAACUUCGAGAAGCCGAAGAAAUGGAGCAACUUGCAAAACUCCUCCUGUGGCAGAUUUUGCUUCAGCAGAGUUCUGUGAGCUCGUAUUCAGUCCCAGCCGACGCCUCCAACCCGGCCAGCGUGGUGGUGUCCGUGCUGAACGUCAGCGCCGUGCUGGGCUCCCAGGCCGUGCUGCCCUGCAAGAGCCACCGCAUGGUGUGGACGCAGGACCGCCUCAACGACCGGCAGCGCGUGGUGCACUGGGACCUGCUCAGCUCCUACUACGGGGACAGCAGGAUGGAGAGGCUCUGUGACAUGUACUCUGCCGGGGACCAGCGUGUCUACAGCUCCUACAACCAGGGCAGGAUCCUCAUGCCUGAGAACGCCUUUGCGGACGGGAAUUUCUCGCUGGUGAUCAAAGGCGUUGCAGAGAGUGAUGAGGGCACGUAUUCCUGUAACCUUCACCAUCACUACUGCCACUUGUACGAAACUGUGAAAAUCCAGCUGGUGAUCGCCAAGAGAGGCGAGGCGGCCAGCGAGUACUGGGACGGCGAGAAGCCGGUGCUGGUGGCCCCGGAGGGCAGCACGGUGACGCUGCCGUGCGUCAACCGCGACCACAUCUGGACGGAGCGGCACAGCGAGGAGGAGCAGCAGGUGGUGCACUGGGACCGGCAGCCCCCCGGCGUGCCCCACGACCGCGCCGACCGCCUGGUGGACCUGUACGCGUCGGGCGAGCGCCGCUCCUACGGGCCCCUGUUCCUGCGGCAGAAGAUGAACGUCACCCGCGGCGCCUUCGCCCUCGGCGACUUCUCGCUGCGCAUCUCCCGCCUGGAGAGCGCCGACGAGGGCACCUACUCGUGCCACCUGCACCACCACUACUGCGGGCUGCACGAGCGCAGGAUCUACCACGUGUCCGUGACGGAGCCGGAGAGGGAGAGGAAGGUGGUGAACCUCACCACGCACCCCGUGGCCCCGGCUGCAGAUCCAAACGUGGUCAGGGGCCACAACGUCAUCAAUGUCAUCAUCCCUGAGAGCAGGAUGCACUUUUUCCAGCAGCUGGGCUACGUCCUGGCCACUCUGCUGCUCUUCCUCGUCCUCCUCAUCAUCGUGGUCCUCGUCACCCGCAAGCGCCGGCAGAGAGGUUACGAAUACAACGUGAAGAAAUACGGAGAGAAGGAUGUGAACCUUAAAGAAUUUACAGUGGACACGACAGAUCUGACCCCUCACAAAAGUGAAGACAUCAGGCUGGAUUACAAAAACAACAUCCUGAAGGAGAAGGCUGAGCAAGCCAGAAGCUUCCCAGCAAAGAACAUCGAUUUAGACAAAGAUUUCAGGAAGGAAUAUUGUAAAUGAAGACGCUCCCAAGCUGCUGGCUGGACCAGAAGCUUCCAUCAGAGAUAGAUAACGUGGAAGAGAGAUGGCUUUUCUUAAUCCCAUCUCCCUCCAGUUCCCAUAGGAUUUUUCCCACAUCCACUUUCUCCCCCCCACAAGGGUGCAAAUGCUUCAUGAAAGACUCAAACUGUCUCGUGUGCAUUUAUGGGCUUGGGUUGCCUUUUCUUCCUCUGUUCUCCCAAUCCUCCCUUCCCCUUUCCCUUCUUGACAAUUACUGUUGGAUUUUAUGCACCAAUGAUUUUUAUGAGCUGAAUCAGCAGACGUUUUGCUUUGAUGUUACUGCUUUAAAUAAAACCACCUGCAUCACUAA